UCUGUGUGAUAAUAUAAAUCGUGAGACAUGAGAAAUAUGAUUUUACGUUAUUUAAUUGUCAAAAAAAACAAAGUCUCUCUUUUUCUCUUCUGCAAUUACUUAAUUCAGCUCAGCUGUAUUAUGUUUUCUUGGUCAUGAUCAGGUUUUCGCGUUUCUAUUGAUCGAGCAAGAGGUAGAUGUUUCGUUUACAAGGUGGUCAAUGGGAUCUGCCUUAAGCAAAGCAGCAAAUGGUGUUGGGGCAGCACUUGGAAAUGCUUUUGUCGCCCCUUUUAAGACCAUAUAUGGUACCUCAUGCGAAGGAGUUUGUUCAGGAACAUGGGACAUAAUCUGCUUCAUUAAGCAUUUAUGUAUCUCCAGUUUGCUAAGGCUAUUGAUGGUAUCUGUUUUAGCCUGCAUAACUCUGCUCUUUAUCUACCUUCUCUUUAAAGUGGGAAUGAUCCAGUGCCUCUGUAGAAGCCUGUGCAAGAUGACAUGGGUCGCCUGUGCUUCGUACUGCACAGCACUCAAGGAGAUGGCUAGCUUUCUCUGGCACAAACUAAAGAACACCAAACGUGUGUAUCGAUACCAAUUCUCAAACAUGGAAGAAAGCUUCAGUUCCAGCGACUACGAUUCCUCAGAAGAUCGACGAACAAGGAGGAGGAGGUUGACUGGGGAGAGGAGAAAGGAACGUAUAAGAAAAACUUUGUGUCCUGUGGGACGCAGUUCCAAAGGGAGGAGAAGGAAGGAAAGUGGACAUCAGGUGAGAUUGAGAACGAGGGAGGUGUCAGUGCAGUUAAAGUCUGAAAGAAGGGGGAGGAGGUCCAGAGCAAUUUAGUUGAGAAGUGUGAUGUGCUGUUUUUUAUUGAAAUAAGUU